UUAAAGGUAAACAACACGCACGAAAACAACGUGGGUAAAGAAGUUGAAAGAUUCUAGAUAUGCGAUUGCAAAGUUUGAUUCUAAGAGAAAUCGGUAGUGAUUAAUUUUUUUUUUCUGUUUGUCUUUGGUAAACAUUGUUUGAAGAUCAACAUGGAAAGUGUUCAAGAUGAACAGUUGAAUAAUUCUGUUAAGAGAUCUUUAUCAGAAUCUGUUACUGAUGAGGAGAAAUCAUUACCCAAGAAGAAACGUCUUUCUGAUGAAGAAGAAACCUCUAAGGAUAUAGAUUCUGCCUCUAAUGUAAAUGGAAUAUCACCUUCAAAGCAAGACAAAUUCGAUAAGGAAGAACAUCCUAAAGAUACACAUCCUUUCAAUGAUGAAGAAGAAACAUCACCUUCAAAGCAAGACAAAUUCGAUAAGGAAGAACAUCCGAAAGAUACACAUCCUUUCAAUGAUGAAGAAGAAACAUCACCUUCAAAGCAAGACAAAUUCGAUAAGGAAGAACAUCCGAAAGAUACACAUCCUUUCAAUGAUGAAGAAGAAACAUCACCUCAGAAAGAACAUGAAUCUAAUGAAAAUGAAUUUUCUGAAGAUGCAGAUUUUACUUCUGGUGAAAACAAAACAUUAACCAUAAAAAAGCCCCAAUCUGAUAAAGGAGAGUUGCCUGAGAAUGCUGCUUCAGACUCUGAUGGUGAUGUGUCUUCAAUUGAAGACAACAUUUCUUCAGAGGAUGAGGAUGAAUUACAGGAUGAAGAUGUAUCAACAGCUGCAGAUCUUUUUGCAAAGCAUGUAGAGUAUGAAAAUAAAUUCAAACCAAAUGAAUUUAAACAUGGGUCAAACCCUCAGCCUUGUUCAUUUCCUAAUAUUCCUGACAUCAUUUAUGUAAAGCCUGAUGGCAGUAACGUGGAUGAACCUUUGGCUAAUUUACGAGAUUUUUCACAGUUUGGGCUUAAAAAGAAUUUGUUAGAAGGUUUGCAAAAGUCUUCUAAAAAGUUAUCACCAUUUCAGAUAGAUUUUUACAACAUUUUGGCUGACUAUCGAGAUCUCAUAUUUAUGCGAAGAACUCCCACAAAAGGUGAAGAAAUGCAGAAAGUUUAUACAUUGCACAUAUUAAAUCAUAUUUUGAAAUCCAGAGCCAAAAUAGUUCACCAUAAUUCAAAAUUAUCUAAAAAUCCUGAUGAAGAAUACAGGGAUCAGGGCUUUGUCCGCCCUACUGUAGUAAUACUUGCACCCUUUCGCCAUGACUGUUUUCAAAUUGUCAAACACAUAGAAUCUUUACUUCCAGAAUGUGUGAUGAUGAAUAAAAAGCGUUUUAUUACAGAAUAUGGACCUCCACCACAAAAGAAAAAAUUAAAAAAGAAACCUCAGGACUAUGAAGAAACAUUUAAAGGAAAUACUGAUGACGAUUUUAAAAUAGGACUGCGCAUUCAAAACAAAUCUGUCACUUUAUAUUCUGAGUUCUAUUCAUCUGACUUGAUCAUUACAUCUCCUCUGGGUUUAAUACGAAUUGCUGGUGAUAAGAAAGACAAAGAUGUUGACUACCUUUCUUCUAUUGAAAUCUUAAUAAUCGACAGGGCAAAUGUUCUCUAUCAACAAAAUUUAGUGAACCUGCUGAAUAUCGUACAAGAUUUCAACCAUUUGCCAAAAGAGUCGCAUGACUGUAAUUUUUUUAGAGUAAGAAUGUAUGCUUUGGAUGGAAAUGCUAAAUAUUUCAGACAGACUGUCCUCAUCAGCUCUGUAGAACAGAGAUUUUAUGAAAGUGCAAUUUUUCGCAAUUACUGCUUCAAUUAUAAAGGAUAUUUGUCUACAUUCACUCAGGUUAAGACACCUGGAAUCAAUAAAAUAUUCGACACUGUGAGAGUGUGUUUCAAAUUAUUCGACACUACAGACCCUGUAAGUGAAAUUGAUGACAGAUUUGAAUUUUUUACAAAGAAAGUCUUACCAGAAUUCAAAGAAAAGGAAUUUGUACAAACUCUUAUUUACAUCCCAAGUUAUUUUGAUUUUGUGAGGCUCAGGAACUUUUUCCGUGAAAAUGAACUUAGUGCCGUGAUGGUCUGCGAACAUUCCAAACCUGGAAAGGUUGCUCAGGCACGAAAUUAUUUCUUCAAUGGUUGGAGACACUUCAUGUUAUACACUGAACGAGCUCAUUUCUAUAAUCGGUAUAACAUCAAGGGUGUACAACACAUACUUUUUUACCAACCACCCACAAAUCCAAGGUUUUUCCAAGAUGUGAACUUUUAUUUCUUGGAUUCAAAUCCAAAACGAAAAGGUGAACAAAAGACUUGUACAAUCGUUGCUUCUAAAAAUGAUUUCAUCCCUUUAAAAAACAUAGUUGGACUUAGUGAAGCUAAGAAAAUGCUUGAUUCAGAUCAAAAGAUUUUUAUUCGAUAUGUUGAAGAACAGAAAAAAAUAUUAUAAUAAAAUAUUAUUUAAUU